CAAUACUGACGUAAAAUUUCACAAUAACAUCAGAUUAGUGAUUACAAAUUAUUUUACUUUAUUGAUAAAACAGCCAUGAAUAAUCUCAAUAUGUUUUGUUGUUUGAAGGGCUGUAUCAAUGGAUUUAGCCUGACACCUAGUGUACCUAUCCGUAUCAAAGAAAAUCCAGUGCAGCUGGAUACCUUGCAUAUGGGUCAUGAAGUAGUGGUGGUGAAAGGAGGUCAAAGAGUGUGCGGGUCUGGUUGUGCGCUUGGGAAUGCUCCUCUAGUCCAGAACAAAUCAUACUUUGAAGUGAAGCUACAACAGGGAGGUGUAUGGGCCGUGGGGCUAGCUACAAGAGACACAGAUGUUAGCAAAGUUCAUGGUGGUGUUGACAAAGAGUCAUGGUGCUUAAACAGUGACGGUACUGUGCGACAUGCAAAUGUUGAGCUUUACCACCUCACACCAGCCCCGAGGGAAUCUCCCACUGCAGAUCUGUUAGUGUCCACGGGUUCUCCUAUCCAUGUGGAGAGUGAGAGGCCAGAGAGUGACAGUGUGAACACAGCAGCCAUAAUGCCAGUGGAAGGAGACACCAUUGGAGUGGCCUAUGACCAUGUGGAACUGAAUUUCUUUCUUAAUGGAAAAAAUAUGGAGAUACCCGUCAGAAAUGUAAGGGGCACAGUUUAUCCAGCGUUAUAUGUUGACGACGGCGCCAUCUUAGAUAUAAACUUGGACAAUUUCUUGUACCCACCUCCGAGCGGCUAUGAGAAGAUAAUGGUGGAGCAAUCUCUUCUCUAACAGAAACCUAAUUUACGCGUUAGUGUGGAUCUGCUCAGUGAGAGACAGUGUGAUGGAGCUCUGUGAAUUGUAGCAUUUGUGAAGAGACUGCUUAAAAUAAGUGUAUGUAAGUUGAAUUUGUAUUGGAGGUGUUUUUGAAACAUGCUAGUAAUAUGGUCUUUUAAAGCAUGAUGCUAGUUAUAGUAGUUGCUUAUAUUGUCUUGAUUAGUUUCCUCAUAUCAGAAUAGAAGGCUAUCAGAUAGCGACUUAGGGAAUAAAGCUUUCCUAUAUUGAACUAUGUCAAUGUACUAUGGACCAGCUGGGUUACGUUCGUACAUGGAGCAUUCCAUUCAUCACAUCUCAGGAAACCUGCUUCCUUGCAGAAGCAGAGCUUCGUGCUGCUGCCAGCCAUGGACUUUUUCCCGGGAAUUCAAACGACAUGUUAUUUGCGCUGUAAUACAUACAUAUAAUAACGUCUUUAUCCCUUACGUGGUAGACAGAGCCAACACGUAAAGGGCCAUGUUCAAGGGAAUUGAGAUUCAAAUAUUGAAAGGCUGCUAAGCCUGUAUUACAUUUCAAUUUUUUUUGUUAGAUAUAUUGUGAACUGAAAUUCUUCUUACGACACUUCAAAGAGAGAUAGAUAGUUAUUGGAUAUCAAAGUAUGUAAAUCAAAAGAAAAUAAUGUUACUAGCAUGUUUCCGUGUACGUCAAAGUAAUCAUAUCAUCUGCUAGCCAUAUGGCUCAAUGUCGUGGACUUGUGGCCUAUCUUGUGGAAUCUAUUGCAAUGUAUUAAAAAUUGAGCUAAACGAGCUGUCUUACAUGUAUAAUAUAACAGUAUUAUAUUUUCUGUAAUAUAUACCAAGUGAAUUAUAGUUAUAAAUGAUAUGACGCGAAUGAUAGGAAAGCUUUCUUUGCUUUGGUUGGUCUGAGAGUAAAAAAUUGUUUAUUUUUUAAAAGGUUUGACAACGUGAGUGUGGCUGAUUUAAGAAUUUAAAAAGAGAGAGUGUGAUAUAUGUAUAUGCCUAUUUGCCUAAAACUUAAUCGAUACUUUGCUUAAAAAUUUUGUGUAAGUCAAUCGUAGUAGGUAUUCGGCGUUUGAUUGUGUUUUAUUGAAAUAACUAAUUAACAUUAUAGUCUUUUUUCAACAAACUACAGCAUCCGACCCGUACAUUCAAAUUAAAAUUACAAAACAAUAAUUUCUUUGCAUAUACAUAGAUACUGCAUAAACCAAAACAGGCUAAAUAUGUCAUGACAAAGAUUCCCUAUUGCAGAAUAUGCGGACCACCAUCUAUUUUGUAAUAACAAGUAGAACUUAGUAAUAAACAAAAAAAAUAUUGGGUUUUUUGUUAGUCAAAUUUAACAUUUCCAAAUUCUUACGGCAAUUGAGACUGGAAUAGGAAGGGUAAUUUGUGAUCUAAGUUAUUAUGGGUAUAUUAUGAAUAUUCUUCUAUUUAUGCAUCUUAUUACUAGUGAAAGGUACUAAGUACUGCCAAUAUACUUGACUAUACUACGCCUUUGGCUUAUAUUCACGAAGGGGUCAAGUCGAUGGGGGUUUCUGUACAUAAAAUGAGAUCUCUGAUUGUAGUUUUUCGCAUUAAGUUAUAUUAUAAAUUCUGGUUAUGAUAAAAUGUGUGUACAAUUUUCGCGGAAUAAAACUGUCUUUUUUAAUGUCUAUAUUGACUAUGUAGGUAUUUUAGGUAUGUAAAACACUUGUAUAUUUCUAUAUAUUGUUUGAUGGCCGUAUGCAUAGAUGUUAUGUCUUACUACAUGUGUAAGCAACAACCUAUAAUCUUUUUACUUUACCGACUACAAGAAAGGAGGAGUUCUCAAUUCGAACGUAUUUUUUUUUCAAACAAAAAAGGCGGCAAUCAGACUAUAGUCUAGCUAGUCUUUUUCCGUUAAACAUUUUCUACCGAUAAAAGUAACUACCUACUAAGAAUAUUUUGGUUAAAUUUGGCAAACACAGAUGUUAAUCAAAAGAAGUUUAAAAGAUUUUUACUUUUGAUUUGUACAUACAUCACGCUUAAAAAUAAUUAUCUUUAUUUUUUGUAACAUACAUUCGUAAGAUCUGUAAAUUUUUUAUUGUAUUUAUUAUCAAAUUUUGUUUGUUUAAUAAAGGCGGAUAUUUUUGUAUACUUUAAAAUCUUAUAAAUUUCAACUGAAGAUGUAGGCAGUCUUUUGAUCUAAAAAUCUGGUUUAAGUGCAUCAAAACUGCUUUUAACAACCUUAGAUAGUGUUAAUUAUGAAAAAAUAAUAUCAAUGAUUUACCUACAUACCUUCGCAACAAAACAAAAUGUACAAUAGUAAGGGUGUUACAGAUUUAUUACAAUAUUCAACGUAUGUUUAAUAUUACUUCUCUAAAUGUAGAACAAUCAAAUCAUAUUCAUGACCACUGUAACAUGUUAAUAAAAUUUAUUAAUGCCGACUAAAAGUAAUAAAAUAUUGUAUUAA